AUGGUCAAUGAAGAUGAAGUAAUCUCGAAAGUCUUUUUAGCAAUUGAUAAAACCAAAGGUAACAUUUCAACAUUCAAAAAAUCCAUAUCAGACGGUGAAUAUACCAAAAUACAGCAACCUUCAACAUUUCUGAGACUACUAAUAUGGAAAUCAAUAUUGAUACUAGAUACUUUAAAAGUAACAGCAUGGGAGUCUAAAUUAAAUGAUUCAAGAAUUAUAUUUCAUCAAUUGAUAAUGAGAGACGAUUUAAAUAUACCUUGGCAUGAACUAGAUGAAGAUUCUUUAUACUAUCAAAGUCAUGAUAUUAAAAGAAAAUCAAGUAUUAAUAGGAAACUGUCAUUACGUGGAACUAAAAGUUUAAAACAAAAAUCUCAAAGAGAACAUGUUUCUGAAGAUCCAUUAGGUAAUUUAACAAGUCAACUACAGAAUCAUAGUUUGGAAAAUGAAAACGUAGAGUUGCUACAAACUAUUAUACUUGAUAUAGAAAGAUUGUUUCCUGGAGAUUCAUUUUUCAAUGAUUCAACUAAUCCAAAUUUACUAUAUAUAAAGAAACAAUUGAUCGAAAUAUUAUAUGUUUGGUGUAAAUGUAAUGAGUCUAUUGGUUAUAAGCAAGGUUUUCAUGAGAUUUUGGGAUUAAUUUACAAAAAUAUUUACCUAGAGUCAAUCAAUUUUGAUAUAAGCGAUCCAAGAAAUAGUAAAUACUCAAACGAUGAAUUGGCAGUUUUAAGUCUAUAUAACAAAAAUUUCAUUUGUCAUGAUUUAUUCAUAAUUUUCAAUAAGUUUAUGCUAUCAAGUGGCAUACUAUCAAACUUUUUUGAAACAGAAGCCAAAUUAACAAAACUGAUAGAGUUAUUCAACAUCUAUUUAAUGAAAAUUGAUCAAUUUGUAUACUACACAUUAACAACAAAACUAAAAUUAGAUACCCAACUAUGGAUUAUAAGAUAUUUGAGGCUUAUACUAUCAAGAGAAUUAGGUAACGAUAUGGAAUUAACAAAUUUAUUGUGGGAUAAAUUAAUAUCCUCACAAUCAACAGAAUCGAAAGAACUAUCAAAUAAAUUACCGGAAUUAAUAAUGUUUAUAACAAUAAUACUUUUAAUUCAACAGAAGAUGGAUAUAGUAACUUGUGAUUUCAGUGAAUGUUUAUCAUUAUUAUUACAUUACCCAAUAGCUCAUUUCAAAUCAUCAUCAAAAAGAGAUUCAUACAUUCAAAAUUUAUUCAAAGACGCACAAAGACUUUAUGAAAAAAGAAACGACGACCUAAAACUAUACGAGUACGGAAAUAAACUUAACAUAAAGUACAAUCCAAGUUUAAAGAUAUCAAUGAAUUAUCAUAGAAAUAGUGGUGAAUUAAGUGAUACUAGUAACAACAACAGUGCUCGUUCAAGUAUUGAUUCAAUAACAUCCAUGAAAAAGCAACAGACACCUCCAAAAAAGGUAAAUGAUCGUAACGAGCAAAUGAAAUUUGAAAAGACAAGGUUAGAAAUGAGAUUAAAGAAGAAAGCUCAAUCUUUAAUGCAGAAUAAUUAG